UUGGCAUCCAUACUGUUAUGUAUUUGAUGCAGAAGUUUGUAAAAAAAUCAACAAGUAUAGAACUGAAGCAGAAGAAUGCUGAGAAAUAACGUCAAACAAGAUAAAUCAUCUUGUUUGGUCCUCUAGUUGUGAUAAAAUUAAAAUAUACUUAAUGGGAUUUUCCAAUCAUUUUUAUUAUUUCUAUAAUAUGACUGUCAUGUACAGCAAGUAUACAAGCAUUGAACUUCUUAAAGAUCUGACAAGAAAUGCUCCAUGUUAAAUUUCAGUUUCCUUUUGCCAAUAAUAAAGCAACUGUUCUUUGCAUUUUUUCUGUCUUUACAAUCUUCCACUCUACCUGAAUGAUGUCCUGCAUGGUACCUAAAAAAGCAUCUUUAUGCAGCUCUGGACAAUUAAAUAGUGAUGCACUUUGUCAGGCUCUUUCUGCUCUCAGAGGAAUUGUGGAGUCGUGUUACGGUCCAUUUGGUAGACUAAAACUAAUUCACAAUGCUGUGGGAGGCUACGUUCUAAGCACAUCACAGUCUUCUGCACUUUUGGGUAAUCUUUCUGUGUCCCAUCCUGUGAUAAAGCUAAUAAUAGCUUCCGUGUUGAAUCAUGUGUCUCGAUUUAGUGAUUCUGGACUGUUUACAGCAAUCCUCUGCUGUAAUUUGGCUGAAAAUGCAAAAAGACUUAAUGUACCAUGCAGUCAUAUUGUCAAAAUCCAUAAACACCUUCUGAAUAUUUGCAUUGACUAUCUAACUUCCGAGGAAUGUAGCUGCAGAAUACAGAUAGAUUUUAGUAACAGCAAGACUUUGCUUUCACUCGUUCGUACAGUGAUAAAUAAGCCUACUUGUAUGUUGACUGCAAAAGAAGCUGACUACAUCAGUUCCUUAGUGUUAAAGGCAUUUUUUUAUACAAUUCCAUCUGUGAUUGGAGAUAACAUUUCCUUGGGAAAGAUGUUGAUUGUUCCCAUUGAGGGACAAGGUGUUACAGACUCCUGUGUGCUUUCUGGGAUUCUUAUAGAAAUAUUUGCAUCUCAUUCAACAACAAUUGAUAUCGCAAAGUUGACAUCUGGUUGCGUUAAGAUUGCUAUAUUCAAUGUCUCAAUGUCAGGAGAUGUUGUUGACAGUGGGAAUGGUACCUGGGAGGUGGCAUCAGGUUUUCGCCCAGAAGAUGAAUCGCUUGCCCAACUGCUGAAAGUGGGACGACAACUAGUUUGUGACCAAGUUCACCUUGUGGUGUGCCAGAAAGUGGUCCAUCCAAUUCUAAAACAGUAUCUCCAAGAGCAACAAGUGAUGGUGGAAGAUAGACUUGGAAUUACCCUCAUGGAGCCUCUGAUUCAAUUGACAGGUGCACAGUCCAUUAGUUCAUAUUAUCACCCCAUUCCCCCUGGCUGCUAUGGCAAUGUUAAGAACCUGUGUAUUGUGAAGUUUGGCUCCAAGCGAUUCCUGCAUCUGGUCCCAAAUGAGAACAAGCCUGUGUGUAGUUUGGUACUAUGCAAUCGAACUGAAGCUGGAGUCAAUGAGCUGAAGCUUGUCUGUCAAUCUGCAGAAUGUGUGAUGCGAUUUGUACUCAAAGAGCCUUUGGCUGUACUAGGAGGAGGUUGUGUUGAAAGCCAUCUCGCUACUUACAUUGUACAUAAGAGCCACUGUGUAACUGAAGAUAAGUUAGCAGAGUUGGGUUGCUCUCGAUCCGAAUACAGAAUUGUUGCUGACAGUUUCUGCUGCUCACUGGAGCGUACUGCCUCUUCACUGGAACAUGACGGUGGUGAGAACUUUGUUGAUGCUAAGUAUGGACACCGUUGGUCAGUUCUGCCCAAUAUGCCUUUGCAUGCUGACUGGUCAGAGGUAUUUUCUAGAUGUGCUUGUGGUUUGUACACAGCACAACAGAACCUGAACUGGACUGUUCUCGGUAAUAGGACCCCAAUUACUAGCCUAGAAAUGUCCCUCGAGAAACCUAGUGAAUAUUUCACAGAUCGAUUAGCAUUGGACUCCUACUCUGUGAAACUCAAUGCAUUGCAAGUAGCAGUAGAAACCGCGAAUUUAGUAGUUGAUUUACAAUAUGUUAUUCAGGACCAGAAUUAAACUUAUGGAGGCCUGAAAUUUUUAGCCAUUCCAACAUAAGACCUAUAAAUAUAAUUUCCUACUUAAUGUCCAGCUAUAUUUAGCAUUGCUUGCCAUGAUGCUUAGAAAGGUGUUCUGAAAAAGUUUUGGGUAAAUAUUAGUUGAGCUAAAAUCAUCUACAUAUGUCUUUUUUGAGAUUAUUUUAUGCAAUAAUUUUUCCCCCUCAGUUCUGAUUGCAAAGUUCAGGACUUGGGUGACAUGGUCAGGCUAUUUAUUAAUUCUCCAUUCUAAAGUGCUAACUCGCAUCACCACAUAGUGGGAGAAUAUCAGUCUGAUUCCUUCUCCAGUGAACCAUACAAUGCACAGGUACAGUGCUUAACUGCUGGGAAAAUAAAUAUUAGGUGCAAUGCUGUGAAACCCACAUCAUCUGACAGCUUAUCAAAGAGGCAAUGGUCAGCCUUCUGCCCACCUUCAGAUUGCAGAGCUGUUGCAGUCAACAAUCUACAGAGAGAAAAAAAAAUGACAAUAUUUUCCCUUUCAUUUGAGGGCAAAUAUAACUCCAUCUAUAAAACAAUAUAGCUGAGCUCAAUAUGAUACACCUUUUGGUGACGUGUGAGAUUUUUAACUCUACCCAAAUAGAUCUGUUGUGUAUAUUGAAAACAAAUGUCCAAUGUAUAUGAAUUUGUUGCAUUAAGAAACGUGUGUUGUUUUCAAGAUGUAACUAUUCUUGGUCAAUUGUUGAUGUUGCUGUGUCAACUUCCACUCAACCUAGAUUUACAUAGAUUUUUAAUUGAAGGUGCUUUAGCAGUCUCACUUUUAUUUAAAACCCCCUAUAGCCUAAAGUUUAAAAUAAAUUCCUUGUUAACUAAAGAGUUCAAUAUGCAAAGAAAAGAUAGAAGAGGGCAAAGAUUUUGAAUUUGAUUUCUGAUGAACAGGACAUUGCUGAUAGGGGAGUGGGAUUAAGUGCAGAAAAGAAUGUGGGUGCAGACUUUUGGUAAGUUGUAGUUUGUGUAAGUUGGGAACUUAGAAGGUUGGUGAGCAGAGCAUUGAAAGAGAAGACUUGGGGUGACAAGGGCUAAGUCGAGAUUUUCAACAGCAGUGGGAGUAAGAUAGAGUAAGAGAUGGAAAUUGGCAGCUUUAGUUGUGCUGGGAUGUGGGAUUUGAAAUAAACUCAGGGUCAAACAGAAAACUGAGGUUGGACCAUUAGGAUUCACCUGAAUGAGCAGCUAAAGAGGGAAAAAGAUGGGACCAGACAGACUUUUUGCAAGAACCAAACAGGUUGGCUUUACUUCUGGCAAUGUUAAGUUGGUGUUUUGCCUAUAUUAGAGAAAAUUUUAUUCAUCUGUCGCUUAAUGUUGGACAAGCAUAUAGAUCUAUAGCAUAUGUUUAAAAAUAACAUACUGAUGAUCUUUGACUCAAAUUCCUUAGAAUAUUUGAAUAAGAUGUCCUCCACUAAUCUUGUACACCAGUAUACGAACAGUGUAUUGAAAAACCUGACUUAGCUACUAAUCAGUAAUCAACAUGAGCUUUAUUUGAGGUUUUCAUUAAGUUUACAAAUUUAAUAUGUGAUUAGCCAUUUUAGCAACACAUCCUAAUGUUUCAUGAAUGUAAAAUCACCUGGUUGAAACUUGAUAACUGAGACCUGGUUCUAAGCAGAAAUAUCUGUUCAUUGGUUAAUUGUAUUACAAUAAAAUUUAGGUCAUGUUUAAGCAA